AUGAAAUAUUACCCAACAUUUCUACUAAUCGGUGUUUUAAUAGCCAACUGUUAUGCCCUGCCUGUGGUUUUAGAAGAUGUUUAUGAAUAUCCUGAAGUAAUGUCUGGCUAUUUUGAAGGUGACAUGGACAUAGAAUUGACUCGCAAUGGUGACAUUUCUGAAUCAAAAAGGUGGCCCGAUGGCAUAGUAUACUAUAAAAUCAGUGAUGAUUAUGAUGAUGACCAUGUUGAGUACAUCAAGGGUGCCAUGCAGGCCAUUGAAUCAGCCAGUUGUGUAAAAUUCCGUCCUGCUAAGGACAACAUGACUGCUUUUCUAGAUAUAAAUGGUAAUAAACCUGGUUGUUCUGCCACUGUUGGUUAUAUUGGCAGAAGACAGUAUUUAAAUUUACGAGCCACUCGUUUGGGAACUGCCUGCUUCCAGAACGGUACUAUUAUCCAUGAAAUGUUACAUACUCUCGCUUUCUACCAUCAACAUAAUGUACCAAAUCGUGAUGAUUAUAUCCGCAUAGUAGAGGAAAAUAUGAACGAGAGCAAUUUGAAAUUCUAUAAUAAAUACAAAGAGGAGGAUAUCACAGAUUUUGGUGUUGAAUAUGAUUAUGAUAGUAUUAUGCAUUAUCAUGCAACAGCAAAUUCGAAUAAUGGUAAAAAGACCAUAGUGCCCUUGAAGGAUGAAAACAUAGCAAUUGGUCAACGUCGUGGUCUGAGUGAUGGAGAUAUUGAAAAAUUGAAUGCCAUGUAUAAUUGUGAUGAUAAGAGGGCUGUAUUUUAG